AAAAGAAAAGAACAAAAACUUUGGAUGUCUUUCUGAAUCCUAAAGCCACAACUGAGGCACAUUUGCUUCCCAGAUGGACUCUCAGAUCAAAACAGGGAAGGCUUACCUCCAACCACGCAAAGCUGGAAAAAGAUGGAAGCCUGUGUGGUUGUCUCUGUUUCCUCAGAGCAGCAGUGGAGUGGGUCGACUGGAGAUCCUGGAUGUGGGAGGUGUCGGUGUUGGAGGUGAUCAUGGUGCAGGAGUCAGGAGACACCACCAGGUUCAUGUGGACAGGAAGGUGAAGGUGGUCCGACUGUCUGAGCUGAUCAGUGUCCUCCGACUCCCCCCAAACGCUGAAGCCUGUCCCAUGGAGAACAUGACAGCUUUUUGUGUGGAGACGCAGGACAGAACAAUGGUGUUUGCUACACUCAAAGAUGACUGUGUGGAGUGGGUAGAAAAACUGUGUCAAAGCACAUUUCAGAGAGGUGGUGGCUCAGGCUCUAACCAGCUUCAUAUGGAGGAAAACCAGAUUUACGCCUCAGCAGAUGAAGCCUCAGAGUUCUGGGUGGUGGUCCAGAGGACCGAGGCAGCGACACGUUGCGGCCUGCAGGGGUCAUACUGGCUGCAGGUGAGGCCAGAGGCACUGCUGCUGAGAGAAACGCAGAAGAAGAACAUUGUCAGAGAAUGGCCAUAUGAACUGCUGAGACGAUAUGGAAAGGAUAAGAUGGCCUUAACCAUUGAAGCAGGUAGACGCUGUACCUCUGGUCCUGGAUCAUUCACAUUUGAGACACAGCAAGCUGAAAAUAUAUUCUCCUUGAUCCAGAGUACCAUCAAACGGAAGACUUCCACUGUUCCUUCAGGCAACCAAAACCAAGAGGGUGAGAAAGUUAUCAUCACCAAUAUACAGGCUCACUCCCCUCUCCCCAAAAUACCUGAUAUGACCAGCAUCAGUGCCAUUCUAGAGAACAAGCUGAGGACACAGGAGAGUGUGCCUGCUCAGAAGGAUUCAUCAGAGUGUAUAUCAGCACAGCCAGCUCCCAUCACCCUCAUGCCUCUCCCAUUGGUCCCCACACAUGACAGCCACUCUGGAGGCAGUCUUAGCGGCCAAUCAGAAGUUGUAUAUGCUGACCCAGCGGAUUGCAUUCAAUCUGUACCAAAACCGCAAACCAACACGGGCCUGUAUGUAGACCCUGCAUGUGUUCUGCCGCUUAAACCUCCCAGUUGCCCACCCGCUGUCAACCCCGCUCCUAACGCCGCUGCUUCAAAUCCCUGCUUUACCAUCGAUCACCCAGAUUCAGUCUACUCUGAGGUGUACGACAAAAUCAGCCCUGUCAAAAAACAAGCUUUCAUUCAGAGCAAAGGAAAAGCAAAGCGUUUUGCAGAUGAUGAACCCAUUUAUACUGUGCCCAUCAGUAAGGAGGAAGUGUCUCAUAAAAAUGAAAGCAAACCAGACCCCUUUGCCCACCUUUAUGCACAAGUCUGCAAAACAACACCAUCAUCCAGCCCUUCUCCACCUCCUAACACCACCUCCUCCUGCCGUGCUCUCUCUCCUUCUGUUACUGCCAGUAUGAGCACAAUAAAAGCCCCAGACCCAGAUCUGGAUGAUGUAAUCUAUGAAAACCUGGGCAUCAUUUAAUUCAUGUGUAGCUUAAUACUAAAAUGCUUAAACCAAAUCUAUGCAUGACAUACAGUAUUUACAAUAACUGUGAGAGACUGUGGGAAUUCAUUGCGAAGCAUUAGACUGUACCUGGUUUAGCACUUCUCCUGCAUGGACACACCCUGAUGUGGGAUGUGUAUACAAGGAAUUGUUUAUUAUUUCUGAAGAAAAUGGCUGUUGUUGUGUUAUUGGAUAUCCAGAAAAUGUCAUGUAAACAAAGCUUCUUCUUCAUCAAAACUUGGUGCCUACAAUUCCCACAAUGCAACUCUGCCACUAACACUUAAGUGGGAAAUUCGAGUUAGUAGCAGUCAUUGUAACCUUGAGCUUCUAGCCUCAAACAGAGAUGACGAGCGGUCUAAUUAGCUCACUUCUUUCUCACUCCACACCAGUUUCAAACUUUCAGACCAAACUGGUGCUGCAACAGCAAUUCCUGACUCAACGUGCCCUGAUCAGAUCUGUGCUCUACAUGGAAAGCUACAGACAUUUCAGACAUUCAAACAUUUUUUUGUAUCAUCAUUAAUUUGACAAUAUUGACAUAAUAAAUACAUGUAUGUUGGUUUGCUUUUAGUAUUGUUUACUCAACUCAAAUAAGAAUGUUUACAUGAAAAUGUUCCGUGGUAUUUAAUUUUUCUCUGUUUUCAUUUUUUUAUUCAAUUGUUUAUAGUGCUGUAUAAAUCUAGAACGUUCCUCAAAGUGUUCAAGUGCUGUCCUGUCACCCCUCUCUAUAUGAACUAUAUAAAUGAUACCACAUACAGAGUAAUCACUGCAUGUACACUGUAUUUUUAAUAAAAAUUGUUAAAACUAAAUGAAGCUGCUGCUCUUAAAUCCUCCUUC